AUGCUCCAAAGCCUCUUCCUACUCCUUCUUUUUCCGAUCGGCUGUGAAAACUGUGACUAACUUAUCUUUUUCUCAAAAUGAAUUUAAGUUUCAGGUUCAUAUCUUUUGACCCAAGGGUAUCUAUCCAAGAGUACGUUGGAAAAUACAACGAUUUACAACGAGACCACUUGUUUGGCGUUCUGUGAGAACCGAAGAGGAUGCUGGGUCUGUGGGAAAACUUUUAGUGGCCACUUUAGGGUUUUCAUGUUCUAGUGGCACCUCUAGUAGUGGAACUAGUGACCACUUGAUUGGCUGUAAUUUAGAGUCAUAUUUUGAAGUGCAAGAGGUGCUACUAGGUCACUAGUAACUACUAUAGUGGCCCCUAACACGCAUAAUAGUGACUUCUAUAGACGAUUCACGGCUAGCUUGGGACGCAAAAAGGCGUGGCCUGUCUGCACUCUUCACCAACCAGAGCAUUGUCUCGUCUCUUUUCGUGGCAGGACCCUUUUCUCAAUGGCUCAAGCUAGCCGUUAAUCAGCUAUAUAGAGGUGGUCCUAGAGGCCAGUUCAGUGUCCUCUCCAAGUGGUCCUUGAGGAGCCUCUUAAGUUGUCCCUAGAGUUUUUUCUAGUCCUUCAAAACUCUAGUUUUUGAAAUUUGAGGGUUUCACUGUUCGAGACGGUUGCUACUGGUUCAAUGAAACUACAAACGUAUCCAAGGGGAAGAAAAAUAACGACGGCCCGAGCUUCGUCUGGCUGAUGCUCAACUACAAUUUUACAGAUUGCGGUGACAAAAAAUUGGAAAACGUCAAAUAUGUAACUUUUGAUAAGUGAAGUCCAAGAGGACGAUCUCUGAGAAGUUGCCGGAUAAUUUUGGGUCAAGUUUCUAAAAUUCAAACAUCAUUUGAGGAUCUGAAAAAAAUUCUUAAAAGUGAUAAGGUCUCUUAUUUUUAGAUGUAGGACUUUCAAAAGCUGCCUAAUACUUGCUUCCGGUCUGGUUUCGCGUUAGAAGCAAAAUUUUUAAAUUCACAACUUAAGGAAUAACCGUUUGAUAAGGAAUCCUGAUCUUGACCUUCAGAAAGUCUUUGUGCGACUUUUUGAGAAGAAUCCAAACUUCCUACUGAAAAUGCUGUCCUAUUGAGAUAUAUUUCAACUUCCACUUCUUGAAAUUUUCCCUGUUUUUGGUUCAAAGUCGAGAGACGCCAAAAAUCCUGAUUUUCGUCACCAAACUUUGAGAAGCCACAAAGACUUUCAAAAAAAUCCCAGUACCUCAAAGUGUAUCUCAGGAAUUUUCCAGAGCUUCUCAGAGCUUGUCUUUUUGGACUUUCCUUGUGAAGAGUCUAAAUCAAAUUCUUCAGGAAUGGUCCCGACCGUACUGUCAAAGUACAGAUUCAACAAACACGACCUUCAAGAUGCUGCAGUGGAAAGUUGAAUUUGACGGAAAAACCUUCAGGUUUGACCUUUUUCAGCUGUCACGAAGUCAUUAAUAAAAUAAGUUCCACGUUUCAGUGCUACCACCCGACCGUAUACUACAAAGUCUUGUGGGAAAAAUGGAUGCGCUUCAUGCGAAGAUGGGUUCGCGAUAUGACAUCAGACUGGUCCCAAAUAUUCAUGGAUAUCAAUGAAUCUUGUAUUGUUUUAUGUUUGACAAGAGGAACACGAGCUUUAUCUCAAAAGGUUAUUUCACUUUCCUAUUGGGAAUUCCUCUUCUUAAGAACAUCUAUGAGUUCUUCAACCUUCCUUGACGAGCCCAGCUUUCAAUACUUGGAACGAGCUUGAAAUUCUAAAACACUGAAACGUUCAUCUACAGUUUGUUCAGCCGAGGGUCUUUUAUCCGAGCUAACCUCGGUUUCUUUUGGAGCGCGAUUCGGAAAUCUUGGAUCCUCGGUAGUUCAUCUACAGGUUAUUCGACCAAGCCUUUGACUUUUUUCCUUUACAAGCUCGACUCAAAGGAUUUUUUUUUACGAGUUCAGAAAUCCUGAGCUCUUGAUAGUUCAUCUACAGGUUUUUCAACCUCCCUUGACGCGCUCAGCUCUCAAUAUUUUUGGGCACGACUCGGGAAUCUUGAGCUCUUUGUAGUUCGUCUACAGUUUUUUAAACAUUUGUUGACAAGCUCAGCUUGAAAAAUGCUGGAGCACGAGUUUGAAACCUUGAGCUCUUGAUAGUUCAUCUACAGGUUCUUCAGCCAAAAACCUUCCUUGAAAAACUCAGCCCUGAAGAUUUUGGAGCACAAGUAGGAAAUCCUGGACCGUUGAUAGUUUAUCUACAGACUCUCCAAUCAAAAGCCUUCCUUGACAAUCUUUGCUCUGAAGAUUUUGGAGCACAAGUCGGAAGCUCUUGGUAGGCAUCUUGAAAUGAGAGCCGCCAUAAAAUGAAGAAACUACACGUAAAUCUAUUUUUCUUCCUCGUUUGUAUCAAUAAAAACAAAACAUUCUCUUCUCUGCGCUACGACACGCCUUUGAAAUUAGUCUUCAUAAAAAAGAGCAGGAAGUCGUUUUCUGCACAGAAGAUGUUGCUAACCCUCUUCCUCGUUCUCCUUUUUUCGAUCGGCUCCGAAAAUUGUGAGGCAUACUCUCUUCUCUGCCGUUUGAAUAUUGCUUUUGUAGGCUCAUACCUUCUAGUCCGUGGAAUUAAUACUGACAAGGCUAUGAAAAACGUAGCAAUCAAAACGGAGAGCGAUUGCUUGGCCUUUUGUGAGAACACCAGAGGAUGCUGGGCUGGAUUUCGAGCUUUUCGAUGACCAAAGCGAUUUUUGAGGGUUUUACUGUGCCCAGUUAUAACAUUUGCAUCUGGUUCAACGCCACGGUGAUGGGAACCGAAGUUCUCAAGACGGACGAUGGUUCCAAAUACACUUGGUUGAUGCUCAACUACAAUCUGACGGAAUGUGUCGCGUUUGAAGACGUCAAAUAUGUAGUUCAGAGGACUCUGAAAAGAUAAACUGAACUUUUAGGAGUGGUCCCGGCCUUUCUGCCAAAGCACAGAUUCUACAAAUACGACCUUUCAAAUGUUACAAUGGCAGAUAGUCUUCGAUGGGAGUUCUUUCAGGUUGGUUCAAAGACGGAACUUGGAAUAAUUGUGCGGAAACUUCUGAAGAAGAUCCUUUAACAAUUUUCCUUUUUCAGUUCAAUCACACGUCCCUACGACCAAUCCUGCGAUCAAGGCGUGUGUCCAAUAUCGACAAAAUUCGAAGAUGGAUACUCGUUCUGAUAAUCGACUUAUCGAAACUGUUAAAAAAUUAGGCCAUACUCAUUUCAAUCAUCUUUAUCGAUGAAGUUUAUAGCAAAAUAUAAAAUAAGUAGACCCAUCGGAACUCUUAUUUUCAAACACUUGAUUGAUUGGCUGGGAUCGAACUGGAGACCCUCUAGACCGUCGACAGGCUAACAACAUGUUCGCUCGUCGCUUUGCGGAAAUUUCGUUGAUGCUAUCAAAAAAAAGGGCCCGUAGAUCAUCUCGCCCUUUUUUUUUGAUAGUAGUGGAAUAGUUUCGAGCUUUCUGAUGAUCCCCCAUGAGGCAGCGAGGCUCCCACCUUUUCCAGGGCCGGCGAGCGUCGAAAUAAUCUCACCAUCCGACGAGCGUAAAUGAAGACCGACCACUCGGAAGGGAGAAAUGUGAAAAUGAACGGUGCCCAUACUUAUUAAUUAAUGAUGAUCAAUAGCCGAUUCACUGCUUGCUGAGAACGCUCCGGGGCGUUGCCUGUGUGCACUCUUCACCAACCAGGCCCCCUUUUGUUACCCAUCGUUUCAGGACCCUUUUUUCGAUGGUUCAAGCCAGCCGGGACUCAGCUAUACUAUCCCUCAGGUUCUGCCUUUGGUUUUUUAGAAGCCGUUUGGAAGCUGUCCAGCAAGUAGCCUAACAUCUUCCACAUACCUUCCGAACACCUCUGCUUUAAAAAAAAACUGUCGGAAGCCUUCCGGAAGCUUUCCAGCAGGCUUCUGACAUGCAUUUUUCAUUUUCACCUUCCAAAUACUUUCCAAAUACCUUCAGAACAGCUUCUAAUGGCUUUCUUAAGACCUUCCAGCUUCCAUACACCUUUCAACCUCCUGCUGGUUACCUUCCCCACAUUCCCAGGAUUGGCCUGAGUUCUCAAACAUUAAUGAUCAAUAGCCGAAUCACCGCUUGUUCAGAACGCUCUGUGGCGUGGCCUGUCUGCGCUUGCGGUUACUUCCGCUGGUACUUUGGCUACCAACCAGCCAACCUCUUGUUAUUCAUCGUUACAGGACCCUUUUCCGAUGUCUGA